CAAACGCCAUAACAUGAACAACUGUUAAACAUGUGAAAAGUGCAUGCGAGCUGUCGCUUAUCAUUUUAAAACAUUAAUACUUCAUUAUAUUGUAUGAAUAAGUAGGCAUGCAUGGGAAAUAAGUAUGAGUAUUUUGAGCUGACAGAGGCAUGUGAAAAAUAACCAGUCAGUAACGUUAUUAAGUUAUUUUAAUAGAAACAUGUGUUAUGGAUGCAGUUAAAGAAUGCUUGAGAAAUUUUCCUAAAGAAGCAGAGGAGCUUUAUCUUAAUGAUUCUGUGCCAUACCUGGAUGGGCCUCUCUCUCCACUUCAGUUUUAUCGUGAUUGGAUUGGUCCCAACAAGCCCUGCAUCAUUCGCAAUGCCUUCAGUGAUUGGCCAGCUUUGUCUAAAUGGAACCCCACCUAUCUCAGAGAGAAAGUGGGCUCUAAAGUCAUCAGUGUAGCUGUCACUCCAAACGGAUAUGCAGAUGCCGUGAACGGGGAUCGCUUUGUGAUGCCAGAGGAGCGUCAGAUGACCUUUAGCUCUCUUCUGGAUAUCAUUGAGGGGAAAGUGAAGAGCAGUGGUGUGUUUUACGUUCAGAAGCAAUGCUCAAAUCUGACUGAGGAGUUACCGGAGCUGACGGGAGACGUACAGACUCACAUCCCCUGGAUGAGUGAAGCUCUUGGAAAACAGCCUGAUGCUGUAAAUUUCUGGCUUGGGGAGGAAAGCGCUGUCACAUCAAUGCAUAAAGAUCAUUAUGAGAACCUGUACUGUGUGAUCUCUGGACAGAAAGAGUUUAUUUUGCUUCCGCCGACUAAUAGACCUUUCAUACCGUAUGAGCUCUACCAGCCAGCGACAUACAGACAGAAAGAAGAUGGCAACUUUGAAAUCGUGGAUGAGGAAGAUUCAACUAAAGUGCCCUGGAUCCCUCUAGACCCCCUGAACCCAGAUUAUGAUCGAUAUCCCUCCUACAGGCUGGCGAAACCCCUGCUCUGCACGGUGAAAGCUGGCGAGAUGUUGUACCUGCCCUCUCUCUGGUUCCACCAUGUUAGACAGUCUCAUGCCUGCAUAGCAGUGAAUUUCUGGUAUGACAUGGAGUAUGAUAUCAAGUACAAUUACUUCCAGCUUGUGGAGUCCUUGACAAACACUGUUGGAUCACUGUGAGGGUUCAAAGGUGAAGAUUUGGCUGAUGGCUUUACACGUGGCGACUUCAUGAGAUAUGCAUGUACAUUUCCCCUGAUAUAGAAUAUAUCUUGCAAUAAACAAUGCAGUUUAACAUGUAAUAAAUACAGUUUUAUUUGUUUUAAUUUCCUUGAGAAAGAGAUUUCAGGUGACAGAGAAUAGAAACACUUGACUUCGGUUUGGAGCGAAAGGUAAGACAAAGUCACAAGUUUCCAAAAAGAAACAGUCUUCGAGAGCACUGGUCCAUCUGUAAUGCUAGAAUACAUCUUGAUCAACUGUCAUUACGUUGGAUUAAAGCAGAGCUGGUCACCACAGAGGGAUAGCGCUGAAAGCAGAAGGUUUGCAUGAUUGUUCAUGAAGAGCAGGUCAAGUGUACAACAAUGCAUUCUAGUUCAUGGAGCGAGCCAACCAUAAAUUCGGCCUUUCUUCAUGCAUGUGCAGUAUAUUCAUGCUGAUUCUGACAGCACUUUUGUUACUGAUGCAGUCUUACUGUACGGUUUUCACUUCUGCUACAUCACUACCCCACUAGCUAGCUAAGUCAAGUUUGUUUGGGCUUACGUUAAAUAUUAUUUAAUCUCAUGCAUUUUCAGUCUUGAUUAAAGCCAUAGCACUUGUGAUGAGAUGGCAAAUAAGAGCUGCAUACAAUAAUGGAUGUAAAUGAAUCUAUUUAACUACAAGUCUUCCAGUGCAAUCUGCCAUUGGUGAAAAGGGGUAUGUAACAGUUGGGUAAAAAUUUGCAUUGUUGUUGCAAUUGCACAUUGUUAAUAAAUUUGUACCAAAAUACAAAAGAAUGUGGCAGAGGUGGAACUAAGCAUCAAGUCAAUAAAUACAAUUUAUGCAUCUCAGACACCAGGCAAGUUGCAGCUGAACUUGUUGCAGUUUUGACUUAAGCUGGGUGUACACUGUGCAACUUUUUUUUAUGUCACAUCAUACGAUAUGACGCCUGUGAGAAAAAGCCAUGUCGACUGAAUUUUAUGUCAGGCUCUAUGAUAUAAAUCUUUGGUCACCAAUUAUGGCAUCAACUUAAGCAAUCAAAGACUAUCAAUUUGUCCCAUUGACAAAAACAUAUUUUAAGAUCCCAAAAUCGUACAGUGUGCACCUGGCUUUAGCUUGGAUUUGUAUCAGUAGAAGAGCUGGACACAUUAAAAUAUGUGAAGGUCCAUCUCUAUAAGAAGUAACAGUACACUUAACAUAUUACGCCAUCAUUUUGAAUUAAGCUUAAUGACAAAAAAAGUGCCUUAUUGUACAUUAUCAAUUUUAUCACGGAAAAAGAAAAGUUGUUUCAAGCAGAGGUCAGAGAAGCAACACCUUAACCUAUUUAGCAAUGGAUUGUGGGAAAGGCUGGAAUACAGAGUGUUUUGUUUAGCUCUUGGGAAAAUAACAGCACAUCACAUAACAAUAAAACACCUUUAAGAAGUCAUAAUUGGAAAAGUUUUUUUUUUCUGUAAAAAUGCUUUUCAGGAUAAGUAUUUUUAAAAGCAAAGUUCUGUAAAACCUGUAAACUGUUCUCAUAAUUUGUGCACAAAAGUUCAACGAACUUAAUCUACUUGGCUAUUGCAACUCUAUCGUCACCAGAACAUUCAAUUCAAAUUAAGUUUUUUUUUUUUUUAUGGCAGUCUUGUUUUUGUCACAAUCUGCAACCUAGAAUUAAUUUAUUAGAGGUGGA